CGAUCAUCAAGCUGCGUGCGCCCUUCGUCAAGCACUGCCUCAGCAGAAAGAAUAUCGUUUGUUGCUGGAAGAAUAUUCGUCAGAAUGUUCCAGAGCUGGAAUAAAUUCGAACAAGAUCGUUUCGAACAUUUCACCUACUCGACUGCGAAAAAGCCAAUCAGUACAUCGACAUUCUUCCAUCAUGAACGAGCACUGUUGGGUUAGGAUUUUAACGAUAGUAUUGCUUAAUAUCAGCCUAUCCAACGGUUUUGUGACAGUUGUACCCAUUAUAAAUAAAAUGGAUUGUAAAUUCAACGCACGUAUUAUCAACUUGACCUGCACCUUAAACAAGCCGAAUACCUUCGUUAACCAAACUGUUUCGAUGGAGAUGGAAAUAAUGCGCGAGGUUAAAGACGUGAAGUUGGCGGCGGCCUAUUACGUCGUGUCAGGAUCCGGUGACUCGUCUCGUCUCGUGCAGCGUACGGUCGACCUAUGCUCCUACGUCAGGCACCCAAACAGGGAUCGACUCGUUAAGGUGAUCUUUGAUAGAUUGAAAGAAGAGGGUAACUAUUUUGUGACUAAGUGCCCGAUCCCGAGGAACGAAAAGUUCUACAUACGUAACCUGCGACCCACGUCCGUUCAGAUACCGGGCUUUAUCCCCGAGAGUAGUUUUAUUUUUGAAAACAUCUAUCAAAUAGGUGCACUGUUUGAGCCGGUCGUUGAAGUUCGUUACUACGGUAAGCUGGUGCGCGUUAUGAACAAAGAUCUCCAAAAGCCACGGACGUAACCUUUGCGUUUGUAGAGUAGCGUAUGGUGUAGCAUGUACGAAAGCGGUGAGUAUCAAAUACGUUGAUGAAAUAGGCAGAAUUAACAUGAUUUUUUUUAAAUAUAUUCCAAAAAUCGUCAAUUGCUAGAUGACUCUCUGUAGGUUACUUCAAAUGCCACCGCUUGCAGCUAGACAAAAAUAAUAAGAAGUAGUUACGUUCAUUGGUUCCUGUUGCUUAAAUUCCUAUUACACGAACAUUACCUCCCUCUCCAAGAAGAUUAGCUGUGUAUUGCAGUUUUGUCCAUUAUGUCUGUACCGAUCAAAAUGAAUUGGGAAUUAUAAUAAAAAUUGCAGAAAAGGUAUAAUCUUUCUUCUUUCUCUCAUUUAGACCCAUAUAGACCCCGUAAUAGAUCCAGGCCACUAACAGACUUUAUCAAAUCUUUAGUAGUUUCGUUUAUUGCAACCAUACAAUCGGUAUCUAGGCUUAUGCAGCGACCACCAAGGAAAUGAAUUUUAAAAGCAAAUCAUCAAGCACAAUAAGCACGCAACUUUUCCUAUAUCUCUGGAGAUAAUGUGUCCGGACUGCUUACCAGAGGUUGACUCUUUUAAGCAGAUCAGAAACUUAUUCUCAAGAUACGACAGUCUGGUGAACGUUUUUCGAGAUCCAGCCUGGAAGUUAGUGAAGCCGUGCCAGAUCUCAGCAGCCGUUCAGCUGACUUCCAACAAUAUCACAUCAGUAGGUGUCGUAAAGGGAUCACGGCAUUGUCCAAGUAAAACUAGCCAGAGCUAAAGGUUCUCUAUGUUCAAGUCUUUUCACAUCUACACCGCAUAGAUUGGACUAGUCGAAUGUUUUACUCUCCUGCAGUCAUCUAAAUAAAAGUAAAAUCAACUAAGUAAACGCCGUUCAUCGAUAAACGCUCUCAUUCAAGCUAUUCACUGAACAAUCUGUGCAAUCAACGAUAAUUUAA